GGCCAGCCCUUGGACGCCCCCUCAGAUGAAUGGGACCGGGGAUGACUGAGAACUACAGCUCUUGGGCUGGCCGCGUUGGUGGCAGCCGCGGAAGAAGAGCGGACCGAGACGGCCCUCGGGCAACGAACAGCGGGCGGUGGUGAUGUUCAAUGAGGGCUUACUAGGGUAGCGAUCUAGAAGGGCGCUCUGCGCGCUCGCACCCUGUGCCCCCCACCGGCCAUGCGCCCGGCCUUCGCGGUGGGCCUGGUGUUCGCAGGCUGCUGCAGUAAUGUGAUCUUCCUAGAGCUGCUGGCCCGGAAGCACCCAGGAUGUGGGAACAUCGUGACAUUUGCACAGUUCUUAUUUAUUGCGGUGGAAGGCUUCUUUUUUGAAGCUGACUUGGGAAGGAAGCCACCAGCUAUCCCAUUAAGGUACUAUGCCAUCAUGGUAACCAUGUUCUUCACUGUCAGCGUGAUGAACAACUAUGCCCUGAAUCUGAACAUCGCCAUGCCCCUGCAUAUGAUAUUCAGAUCAGGCUCCCUGAUUGCCAACAUGAUCCUAGGAAUUAUCAUUUUGAAGAAAAGAUACAGUAUGUUCAAGUACACCUCCAUUGCCCUGGUGUCUGCAGGGAUAUUUAUUUGCACGUUUAUGUCUGCAAAGCAGGUGACUUCCCAGUCCAGCUUGAGUGAGAAGGAUGGAUUCCAGGCAUUUGCAUGGUGGUUACUAGGCAUUGGAGCCCUGACCUUUGCCCUGCUGAUGUCAGCGAGGAUGGGCAUAUUCCAAGAGACCCUAUACAAACAAUUUGGGAAGCACUCCAAGGAGGCAUUAUUUUAUAAUCACGCCCUUCCACUUCCUGGUUUCAUCUUCUUGGCCUCUGAUAUUUAUGAUCAUGUCAUUCUGUUCAAUAAGUCUGAACUCUACCAAGUUCCAGUCCUCAGUGUGGCUGUGCCCAUCAUGUGGUUCUACCUCCUCAUGAACGUUGUGACUCAAUAUGUGUGCAUCCGGGGUGUGUUCAUCCUGACAACAGAGUGCACCUCGCUCACUGUCACGCUGGUUGUGACUCUGCGCAAGUUUGUGAGCCUCAUCUUUUCCAUCCUGUACUUCCAGAACCCGUUCACCCUGUGGCACUGUCUGGGCACCUUGUUUGUGUUCAUUGGGACCUUAAUGUACACAGAGGUGUGGAAGAACCUAGGGACCACAAAAAGUCAGCUGCCAAAGGAUGACAAGAAGGACUGAGGUCUGCCGGGGACAGACAGAGCAGUGUUACGUGGUAGAGGCCUCGGAUGCAGAUCUGGUCAUCAUUUCACUUUGGUUAAUGCGAGAUUACCACAGUAUUAAACCCAGCUGGCCAGAGCAUCUGGGAAGGAUGAGACGCAUCUGCUUUUCCUGGCCGCCAGACAGCGUUUGUAGACUUCGCAUAGGCAUCCCUGAGACAGAAUAAACAACACAGACAAGGCUACCAGGCAGACUCUCGGGUAGCCUCUGCAUUUGCUUUUCUGUUUGUAUGCCAGAACAUCAGAAACACACUUGUUGAAUUCCAGGUCCUCCGAGCCACUGGGUUUCCACCCUUGUUGCUACUGAUGGUGUUAUUGUGACAGCCAUUACCCUUCUGUAGCUGUGUACCUCUUUCCCCAUCACCCCUCCACACUUCAGCACUUUACAGUGUAGCCCAUGUUCCAGGCACAGUCGGGCACUGAGUGAUAUGGUGGGCAUGUGACAAAUUAGACCCCGGGGAUGAUGCGGCUGAACUCCCUCCAGUGCGCUGGGAAAGAGGCGGAGCCCUGGUGAUGUAUGAGCUGGCUGCUGCUGAUGCUGGAGUAUCACUUUAUUAUUUUAAUCAGUGCAAGGACCACAUGCUUCCUGUACCUGCUGCUUUCUGCUCUUAGAGCGGUCCCGCAGCGCUCGUGGCAUACUAGAAAGGAAGAAAGGUUGGGAGUGGACUGAGAAGAGGGAGCCCUUUCCAUCCAUCUCCUCUAUGAAGCUCCUCAGCCAGUUACAGACAUGGUGACGGAAGCAUGGCCCGGCACAGCUCACUCCAUCAGCGCUCUGAGAGACAGUUGUCCCGUGAAGCCACACACACUCAUUUUUCAGGUGUGUCUGGGACAAGCUUUAAGGCCCGGUAUUUAGAAGGCACCUCUUCCUGUCACUCUUGAGAGCCGCCACCUGUCAAAUCACUGAUGAGUAGAUGGAUACAUAGGUGUGAGUGUGAUGUAUGAAUCAGGUCAAAGCCCACUACCAGAGUGAGGUCUUGUUUUCCCGUAGAUUAUCAGACUGUUCCUGAUGGGUGUGGGUAGGAGGCUGCAUGUGAGCAGAACAUGUUUACAUACAGAAACACGCCUCCUUCUGCUGAUUGUUCUGAAGGUCUGGUUUUCCUGUCAUGGAUAAUCUUGAGAAUGAGUAACCCUGUCAGAUAGCACGUGUGUGUGUGUGUGUGUGUGUGUGUGUGUGUGUGUGUGCCCUCAGCUGGACUGUAUGCGACUGAAGAGUGUGUUGUUUCAGUUCCUCUUUUCUCCACUUAGACCGAGACCCUCAUUAACCUUACUUAGCUGUCGGCUCCUCGGCAAGCAGCUAAACUUGCUGUUUCUCUUGCGUAUAGACAAAGGCCUUUCAUCCUUUUGCUGUGUGUAGACUGUGCUCUUAAACUGAGACAUGGCUCUCCAUGUCUCUUAGACUCACUGUAGUUCUUGAUCCCAUUGUCUGAAGAUUCUUUGAUGGGUCUGAACGGCAGCAGUAAAGAGAAGUGCCCCAAUCCUCCGGGGCCCUGGGGAAGGCAGUUAAAAUGGCCUUGCUUUUUUGUUACAUUAAAUACAGGUACUGAUUCUCCACCUAAGUCCCCAGGUUUACAGACUGAUUUGUUGUUCCAGCCGUUGACAACUUCCCAGUGCUGGUAAUGCUCUAUUCACAAAGACGCCGAAUUAGAUGCGAACCCCAUUCAUGGACCCAGAAACUCCUUGUCUGCUUUGAAAUAUGUGGUGUCGCUUGGCCCAGCCGUGCUAUAAAUACCAAGUGUUAAAUGUCCCCUUAAAAGGCUGGAAUAAAGUGGUCUCUCCUUCCUGUGUAACAGGAGAAUCUGCCCCUGAGGCUCCAUUCUGAUUACUCCUAACAGGACCGAACCUUCAGCUUCCCUGCACUCUCCUGUCCAUCCCGUGAGAAUGAUGCAGUUUGUAGUUACCUGAGACUGGCUGAUGUAGACAGGAUUGAACCAUUUCAGAAUGUCUGUCCCUCUUAAUAGGAAUACUUUGUGAGUCUUAUUAAAGGAGAUGUAGGGACAAAUAAGAGGUCAGAGCACUCACAAAACAAAAUGUUCAGCUGGAAGGACAGAGCACACAAGGGCCCCAGCCUGCUUCCUCCUACAUGCUAAUUAGAUAGAAGAAAAUGGAUUUAACAGACACUGCUAAUACUUUGUAGAAUUGCUUUUGUAAAGUGUUUUUUGUUUUAAUUUUCAUUGUAUAUUUUCAUUGCACAUGGGUCCUGUAGGGGGACAUUUUCAUACGACUGAGCACAUCCUCCCCCUCUGACCCCCCUUCCCCCUGCUGUCCGCCCGUGAGGCCCCUUUCUUCCUCUGUACAGUUUUGCUUCUGCCUUCAGAUCACAUGUACAUCCAUGAUUUUCUGUCUCUACACAAAGUCUAGGAACUGCAAAUGAGAGAACAGUCUGAUGUCUGUCUUUCCUACCCUGGCUGGAUUUGCUUACUGGGAUUCAUCUCCAAAUCCAUUCAUAAAAUCAUUCUUUAAAAAGCU